UUCACCUUUUCUCUUGGGACAUUGGUCAGGCGUUCGAGUACCGCAUUUGUUUGACUGUCUCUAGCUGUCCAGCUGCGUCAUUUUUUUUCUUUUUUUUUAAUAUUUCCCUCCACAUAUGAUUUGUAGCUUCAAAGCAGAACAAUGACUCUGGCAUCCACAACAGAGGACAGAUGAGAGGACCUUAACAAGAGGACAUGUUUGAUCAAAAUUUGACCUGCAAUUGGACUGGUUUAAUAAGGAACUGUUGGAAGACUUGGAACCUUUUUCACUGAAAAUUCCAAAAUGCAACUGGACCUGUUCCAUCGUGGAAUACUUCACUCGUCCCUUGGGCCUGUGGUUAUGGUUCACUAUUCAGUUUUUGAAGCUUCCAGAGGUUUUGGAAAGCAGAUGUGAAUCUUGGCUGCAGUUUGUCAUUACAUAAACUAAAGAGACGUGUUUUUCACAUUGUUGAGUUAGGGGUGUAUUUUAGCCGAUGUAAGGGAAUUGCAUUUUAAUUUGUAGCUGUUAAAGCAAUGGCAUCCAAAUCGUGUCCUCUGACUGGUGCAGAAAGAGCCUUGUGUAGAGUAGUUCAUCGUGGACCAAGACCUCAAGCAAUGCUGAAGCCCUUGCACGUGGAGCUUCGGGUUUAUGUGGACAAAAUGCGGAAAAAGCAGAAGCACAGGAUGGAGGCCUCUUGUCUGGAGCUGGCACUGGAAGGUGAGCGGCUCUGCAAGGCUGGAGACUUUAAAGGAGGGACAGCGUUUUUUGAGGCAGCUGUGCAAGUCGGUACAGAAGACCUGAAGACCCUGAGUGCCAUCUACAGCCAGCUUGGAAACGCUUACUUCUAUCUGAAGGAGUACGGUAAAGCUCUGGAGUACCACAAGCAUGACCUCACAUUGGCAAGGACAAUAGGCGACAGGAUUGGGGAAGGAAAAGCCAGCGGGAAUCUUGGAAAUACUUUAAAGAUUUUGGGUCGCUUUGAUGAAGCAAUUGUCUGCUGCCAGAGACACCUGGAUAUAUCUCAAGAGCAAGGUGACAAGGUUGGGGAGGCCAGAGCACUUUACAAUAUUGGGAAUGUUUGUCAUGCUAAAGGCAAACAGCAAUUGUGGGGCUGCACCCAAGAACCCGGAGACCUGGCCCCUGAGGUCAGAGAGACUCUCCAAAGAGCCACCAGUUUUUACGAGAUGAACUUGUGUCUGGUCAAAGAACUUGGAGAUCGAGCCGCUCAGGGAAGAGCUUAUGGGAACCUCGGCAACACUCACUACCUUCUGGGAAACUUUGUGGAGGCAAUCAAGUUCCAUCGUCAGCGAUUAUCCAUCGCGAAAGAAUUUGGGGAUAAAGCAGCAGAGAGGCGAGCCUACAGUAACCUUGGCAACGCUCUGAUAUUUCUGGGCCAGUUCAACGCCGCUACUGAGUACUACAGGAAAACUUUGCAUCUAUCCAGACAACUGAGGGACCAGGUGAUGGAGGCUCAGGCUUGUUACAGCCUUGGAAACACCUACACACUGCUGCAGCAGUAUGAAAAAGCUAUAGACUACCACCUGAAACACCUGCACAUCGCCCAGGAUCUCACUGACAGGGUUGGAGAGGGCCGCGCCUGCUGGAGUCUGGGGAAUGCAUACGUGUCAUUGGGGAAUCACAAACAAGCUCUGCACUAUGCUCGGAAACACCUGGAGAUCUCAAAAGAGAUUGGAGACAGGAAUGGCGAACUGACCGCCAGAAUGAACGUAGAGCAGCUGAUGGAGGCGUUGGGGGUCAACGACAGUGAUCUCUCACCGUCCAGUUCAGAGUUCGAGAUGCAAGGAGCAAGACCGAAAUUCACCAAGAGGAACAGUAUGGACAGCGUUGAACUGUGGAAAUACGCAGAAAAGAAUGGUGACAGCCAAGACAUUGAGGGAUUUCCACGGAGGUCAAAGAGUCACCCUGGAAAAAGGAAAGGUUAUCCAGACAGCCAGUCAUCAGACGAAAGGCCGUGGCUGGACUCUCCGGUGGACACUGAUGACAUCACGGUGCAAGUACCGCCUCCUGUUUCUAAGUUGGGUCGCGACCCCUCCGAUGAAGACUGUUUCUUCGACCUCCUCAGCAAGUUUCAACGCAGCCGCAUGGAUGACCAGCGCUGCCAUCUUGACGAUCCACAGAACGGGGACAACGGAGCAGAGGGAGCCAACUCUGUGCCGUCCCUGAACGACAUGAUCGAUCCCUCCUUCACUACGUCCCCUCAGACCGAAGAGCUUUUCGACUUGAUUGCCAGCUCCCAGAGCCGGCGCCUGGAUGACCAGCGGGUCAACGUUGGGAACCUUCCUGGACUGAGGAUAACUCACAAUAACCUUGGUCACCUGGUGGGUGAGGCAGAUCACCAAGAACCCAGCGAUGACUUCUUCAACAUGCUCAUCAAGUGCCAGUCUUCUAGAAUCGACGACCAGCGGUGCUCCCCUCCAGAGUCGGGCCCUCACGCCCCCACAGUGCCUGAUGAAGACUUCUUCAGUCUAAUCCAGAGAGUCCAGGCCAAGAGGAUGGACGAGCAGCGGGUGCAGCUGCCCUCAGAUGACCAGGACGACAGCCCUUCAUCUUCAUCCCCUGAGCCGCCCGGUGGCUUCUCCAGCUAGGACUGGGAGAGUCAAGAAAGGAAUGGAGGAUUGUGUCAACUAAAUGUGGAUUAACGGUUCUAAUAAUGCUAGCUGCUUAAGUCAAUGUCCCUAAUAUAUGUAAAUAAGUAACAGAGUUUAGAGGUGACGACAGACUUGAAGUCCUCAAGCCUUAAUUAGCAUCUUCUCCAGACUGGAUUGUGUCUUCAAGUGCUUAGGCCAUGUCCACGCAGCCCGUGUGGCCGUCCAUUAAGUGAACAUGUGUUUCUGCCAUCUCUGCUCAGACGCUGUUGCAUAUCCAGGACAAAUCUGUUGCCUUCCUUUGACUUCAGUCCAUCACACUCCUGCGGCGUGAAGGAGAGGUCCGUCGUGUGUCAGUGACUACACUUGUUGAGGCUGGCGCGCUCCCUUUCUGCUUCGUGCUCAGAAGUCAUGUUGAUCACAUUCCAGUCGCCACCCAACACACUCAGAAACACUGGUGUUUUUAAAGUAUGCAUGUUGGGACGUCAACUCCUGAUCCACUGGUUCCAACGUUGAGCGUGAUGGAGGAACCUUUCUCUUUAGAUUUGUUGGUGUAGAGUUGAACUCGAAGUCAGUGGUUGAAGGGGACCAGCUUGGGAAGAGUGGAUGUAGCAGGGAAGGAGGAGAAAAAAAAACAGGAGGCGAUGGAAGAGUGAAAGGUCAGUGGCACACAGCCGGAAUCUUAAGGAAUGUUAAAAUAACUGUUUUUUGGUCUGCAUGGUAAAGAACCAGUGUCGGUGCUCGUCUUGACUUUAUAUAAUCCUGGAUACGCACAAUCUUUUGCUGAGCUGAAAUGAGGAAUUAAAACCGCUGUUGUCUUGAGAGCCAAAAUUUAAAGCAACAUGACAGAUCGGUGAUUUGCCAUAUGAUGUGCGGGUUGAAAUUUGGUACCUUAAACGCCGGCCUCCCUGGCUUCCCCGCCGUAUUGUCUUCGGGGCAGUAUUACUGUGUGUCAUUGGAGACCUUUGGAAACUUGAAAAAAUAGUUUAGGUUACUCUGGUGAGACGAAACGGUAGAGCCGUGUGAAUUAGCUGCUUAUCUUAGCUGUUUGAUGCCUCAACUCAUGAUCCCAUGCAGUAUCUGAAGAGACGGAGAAUCAUUCAUCCAUCUGGGAGUGUCCAGCUUCCUUGUCACCAGCAUUUUCAGCUCUGACAUUCCUGGGUCAGAGCGGAGAUGCUACCUCUCUGUCCGCUCUCUUCUCAGUAGGACACCUCAUCUCGAUGAACAAAAAUGGAUUCCGGUCUUCUGGCUCAGCUCAUAUUUAACUGAACUCAGAAAGGAUGUGUUGUUUUCAUCGUAACCUUUUUCUCGUGGUAAUGCCUCAAUAAUCUGCACGCGACUGUUGGAGCCUGGAAAAACCGUAUAGGGUCUUUCAUAUGUUAGAAUCUCAAGUACAUCUGCUGCUGUCUUGUGGCCAGAUAUUAAUUUUAAUGGGAUUUUUAUGUGGGUGUGUCAUAAGGUCAUAGAAACGGUACUAACCUUUUGCUUGAUAAAUUAGCUUCAUCUGGAAUCCUAAACACAUCUCUCUUGAAUUGGGAGCUUCUUUCUGUACGACUGCUGGUUGAAAAAGAACCUACUGUGCUUCAAUGUGUUGCUGCCAUCAUUUGUACAUAUAUAAAUACAUAUAUUUUAUAUUUAUGUUCCCUUGUGGUUUUAAUAAAAUGCUUCAGAGGUUUAUUUUGUGUCUUGGCUCAGGUUUUUCGUUUUUUUUAAUGUUGUGGGACCAGGAUUCAUGUCGAUGUCUGCCAUCUUGCA